UCAUGAAAAUAUCGAAUGUGAGCAAGGAAUUGGUUGUAUCGUAUAUGACCUUUGAUAGCAUGAUCAAUGCCUUGAUGUUCUUGAAUCAGUUUGCUAAUGCAGGAAUGGGCGCAUUUUCUAAUGGUCACAUGAACACGCAAUUAGGCUCAAGAAGAAGCUUGACUUUCUUUCAUCGCCACUUAUGGAUAACUAUUUUUACAUUUAUUUUGACACUUCUGAAGGGCCAACUUAGACUCCCUGGUAAAAAGGAUUUACAUUUUAUUGUUGUUUCAGGAACAUUGGGAGUCUUUUUGAACUUUCAGUUAAUUUCAAAGAACUCAGCUGUCUUUACACUUCCGUUCAUGACUUUAUUCCAGCCCUUGUUUCCUGUUUUCGUUCUUUGUGGAAUAAUAAUACUUAAGCUUGAUAAAUGGACACCAAGGAAAGUUAUCGGAUCAAUUCUAUGAGUGUUGGCUGUGCUAUCCUAUGUCACUUUCUACAAUGUAACAGAUGAGACAAGAUUUUUUAAAAAUUUCUUUAUGGCUAUUCAGAUCACUACACCAGCAAUGGGAGGUAUUGCUUUGAGAUUUGCUGUGCUAAAAGGAAACCUUGGAAUCUUUAACAUUGCAUUUUGGGCUUCUACCAUAGCUACUAUCAAUGCUUUUGCGUACUAUUCAUUCCAAUAUUGGAAUGAGCCAAGUCCUCCAUUUUUCAGCCCUACCUAUCAAUUUGGGCUUCUUGAUAUAGCUACUAUUUGGAUUUUCAGAAUCAUUGUUGACACGUUCAAUGUAUGCACAUUCAUAUAUCUAGCAUCCAAAAGAAAGAUUGCAAAGGCAGCUUGCUUUGUGACUUUGAAUGCUUUCUUCGUUAUCCUAUUCAACAUCUUCAUGGGGACUUAUGACAGGUGGAUCUUUCCGUAUUUAAUUUUUAUUUAUUCUGGCUAUACUCUGAUUGCUUAUGACAGAAAGAGAGUAUUUGAAAAAAGGAUGCUGAAACUCAUCAAAAUCAAGUUUGUCACUCAUAUUGACAACGAUCAUAAGGAAAUAGUCUACGACAACUUCAGUUAUAACCCCGAUAUGACCAACAAUGAGCUUAUGGCUACAGUGAAGCAAGCAGCGUUAAUGAAUAAAAGAGGUAGCAACUUUGUUAAAGGAAAGAAAGAAGACUUUACAAAAGCCAUUGAUAUGAGGGAAGACUACAUCGAAACGUUCACCGAGUCAGUCCGCCCAAAGGCUCAGAAUAAAGUGAUCAGCAAAGAACAGGAAGUCAAUCUAGAGAAAUCAUAUGCCCAUAUAAGGAAAACAAGGAAGGAUCAAGGAUUGGAUUCUGAUAAUGAUUCGUCUUAA